AUGGCAAGAUGCUACCAGAAUGGCGAUGGGACGUCGUCUUGCUACGAUAGCUACUGGGACAGUUGGGUCCGAUGGCUCGUCCUAGCUUUGAUCAUCAUCGGCGCAUUCCUCAUCUUCUUCCUCUUCAGGUACGUCGCAUCGACCAAAUCCCACAUGUGACAUACAGCAGCUAACACGACGUUGUAGCUGCGUGUCCGCUCGCCGACGAAGGCAAUACGGUCAUCAGCCCUACCGCGGUACUGGCUGGGCACUUGGACGCACGCCAGCAGGCCAUGGAGCGCCCACCUACACCCAGCAGCCUCACUACGCAAACCAGGGCCCGUACUACAACAACUCGAAUAACCCCGCGCCUCCGCCAGCUUACACCCCUCCGCCGGACAACGGGUACUACGGAAACAAUGAUGUGGAACUACAACCGCCGCAACAGUCGUAUGGUGGAUAUCGCAGUGGAGAGGGUCAGGUGUACGAGCCACCGAAGGGUCCACCACCGACUCACAACAAGUGA